GGGCCGGGCCGGGCACGGCCGGAGGUGCCGACCCACGGGGCCAGGGGGGCUCGGGCCUGCUGGUGCCUCCUGCUAGCGGCUGUGGGAUGGGAUGCGUUCGGUGGGUAAAGGAGCACGGUGAGCAAGGGAGCCUUGCUUGCCACCCUGGGCAGGCCAGGUGCUUCUGGGACCAUAACAUCUUCAGCCAUUGCUCUCGGCUCGGCUCCAGCACGCUGGGGUGCUGAGGUGGUGUUGCUCGUAUGAGUGUGGUCGGUGCUGGACGGUUUCGUGGUGACACGUCGGAGGUGGGAAUGAGCGGAGGCUUCACACCUGGGGCUGCAGCUGGACACCAGCUGUUGGGUGAUGCUCAGCCUGCCAGCCCUGCCGAUCUAUAGGUUGGUGGCCGGAUGAUGUCAAGCUGUGUCAGGUUCUGUCCGUUUCCCUCAGCCCUCUGCCCCCAGGUCCCCUCACUGGGCGCUCCAGUGGCCGCCUGCGAUUGCAGCGCUGCCUGCCUGAGCCGCUGGGCGCUGCUGCAACAUGGCUGGGAGAGCUGCACGCCCAGCAGCUGCACGCUGCGUGGGGAACGGCUGCCGCCGGGCUAGGAAGGGGGUGGAGGCUGAGGGCAUCGGGCUGUCCCCGUGUGCAGCACCGUCCCCAGGGAUUCUGCUCAGCCAGGGGCACUGCCUCAUGCAGGGGGUGACGUGGUGACUCGAAUAGCGAGAGGAUGUGGUGAGCAGGUGAUGGCACUGAGGCUGGGGGGGGCUGCAGGCCGCGGGGCUGGUGGCUCUGGUGUUGGCUGCUGGGGGGUGGUUGGCGGUGAGGGGAGAGCCGCAGGCACAGGGCCUCUGGGGGCGGCUGCCCACUGCUGCAAUGGCGUUUUAGGAGCCGGAAACAAAAGCAGUCGUCUCUCCCAUCCUCCACAUAGUCCUCCAAAAGCCUCGUGCUCAGGGUUGUGCCCAGAUGGGAAGGUGGCGCAGCAGGACUGCCCCGCCGCACCUGUGUCUGAGGGGCUGUGUGGGGGCAAUGGGCUGAGUGCUGAGGCGAUGGGCUGAUCGUCCUGGCAACGGUGUGGUGAGUGAUGAGGUGAAGGGCGGUGUGUUGAGGCAGUGACGGGCUGGGCAUUGAGGCGAUGUGCCGGGUGUUGAGGUGGGCGACCCUGAUUUCUGUGAUGGGAUACCAAAGGUUGGUCUGGAUCUGAGGGACCUUGACGGCUGGGCUCGCUGGGCCCCCUCCACGCCGUGCUGCCCUGACCAAGUGCCAGCACAGAGCCCAUACCCCGCUGAGCCUGAUCUCAUCUCCUUGCCCUAUUCUCCCAUCUCUUGCCCACCCCACAGCCCCUCCUGCACCCCAGCUCGCCCACUGGCUCCCUCCCGCAACAGGCUGCUCACAGAAGAUGCUGUGGGCGUACACAGCUCCUCCUCCUCCUCCUCCUCCUGCCUGGGGCCUGCUGUAGAGCAAGCCGGCUGGAGCUGGGAGGCAGACUGAAGAGCCGAGUGCCUCGAGGGCAGCAGCCAGGGGGGUGUGAUACAAUAAAUGCCCCCUCCCUGUGAGGGGAUGUAGACUACACUCCCGUUAGCACUCUCCCGGUGUUGCUGCAGUUACAGCCAUGCUACUCCCGCAGCCAAACCCUGCAGCCAGGGCUGCUCGCACACUCGCCGUUUUUGGAUGGUAGACCAGGGGGCGCCAUCCUUGUCGCAGGUGUUUGAGAGCAGAUGGGACGCUCUUUUGUGGGUGCAGUUCCCUGUCAGUCCCGCUCAGGGUUUUUUGGGCUGUGAUAGAGCUGAUGUGAGCGAGAGCUGCUUUGCCUUGCUGGUGUUUUCAGCCUCUUUUAGGGGCAGGAGAGAAAGGCAGGGGUGUUCCCCGUGGGGGGUGAUGAAGGAGAGCCUUCAUCGCCUCCCUCAGGAAGUCCUGGAGCAUCCCUGUGAGAUGAGGAAAGGGCAGAGUAACACAGAGGCAGAGAUUUUUCUUAAUUAACUCCAUUGAGCCAGGAGGAUUUGAACAGAGCAGCUGCCCUUGGGCAGAGCUGAUACGGAACGUGGAGUCCAGGGUGCCGCUAUCUACAAACCGAGAGACACCAAAUUCAGCACAGCAAGUAAAACCCACCGGCAGCACUGAACCGGGAGGCCUGCUGAGGACCUCUCCUUUCCCUCGCUCGGUGCAGCAAGGGCAGGGGAAGGAGUGGGUGGAAGGGGCACCCGCACUGGGUAACCAGAUGCCCGCUGCGGGUGUGGGGACCGGCCCCUGGAGCCCUCCCAGGAGCCGGGCUGGCUGGCUGGCAGGCGGAGGCAGUCAGCAUCCCCGGCAGAGAGCAGGGACUUGGCAUCAGCUCAGCUGGGGAGGUUAUUUUUUAUUUUUUUUCCCCCUCCAGGACAGCUGAUUCCAUCUAUUUUUAAUGAGCUUGCCCAGGUUGCGCAGUGAGGAGACGGAGCAGCGCCAGCAGCCAUAGACUGCGCUGGGGCAGCGGGCACCCGGCGCUCGUCCUCUCCUCACCACGGGUUGGGGACUGCCUCAAGGUGGGAGCGUGCCCCCCGGGGAAGGGUCCUCCUCAAUGCAGCUGCCCCCGAGCAUGGAGUCGAGCACGGAGGAGGAGAGCUGGCUGGAAGACCACUGGGAGAAAUGGCUCACCCACGACAUCAGCCUCGAGGAGUUUGAGGAUGAAGACCUCUCUGAGAUCACCGAUGAGUGUGGCAUCAGCCUGCACUGCAAGGACAGCCUGGCCACCCGGGGCCGCGUGAGCCGGGCGGGCGGCGCGGCGCGGGCGGCGGGCGGCGGGGAGGGAGGCCGACUGCAGGCCGAGAUGCUGCAGCUCGACCUCAUCGACGCCGCCGGGGACGCGCCGGCCGAGGAGCAGACGGCGCCCGAGCCCCUGCAAAAGGAGCCGCCGCCCGCCAGCACCGACAGCUACCGGCCCAAGCGCCCCACCACGCUCAACCUCUUCCCGCAGGUGCCUCGCAGCCAGGGACCCCGAGGAGCCGGUGGCACGUGGGAGCCACAUCCAGCUGGGGGGACGGGGACAGCAAAGGCCCCCCCCGGGCAGCUGGUCCCAACCAGCGUCCAGACCUGCGGAGAGGACACCCUGAAUAACAACUCUCUGGGGAAAAAGCACAGUUGGCAAGAGCGGGUGUCCCGGUCAUCGUCCCCUCUGAAGACGGGUGAGCAGACCCCUCCCCAUGACCACGUUUGCCUGAGUGAUGAGGUCAAUCACCAAAACAGCACAACCUCCACCAAAGACCGUGGCACAUCCACGGAGAGCCCGUGCCGGCGCACGGCGGCCACCCAGAUGGCACCCGCCUGUGUUGCCUCAUCCCGGCCCCCCGAGAAGCACCAGGCUGCCAGCCGACCCCCGCCCCACGGUGCCAGCGUGGUGGUGGUGACGUCGAGAGCCCCCGAGGCCCACCGGGACCGCAUCCGCUACCAGACGGACGUGAGGCUGGAGGCCACUGAGGAGAUCUACCUGACGCCUGUGCAGAAGAACUCAGACCCGCUGGAGACCGAAAAGCCGUUCCUGUCACAGUCCAGUGAGAACCGCAUGUCUAUCAGCUCUGACAUCGACACCUCCAGCUACUCAGCUCUGGCUGGGAAAACCAACCCCUCCAUCAGUGAGGAGGAUGAGGUGCUGGACUACAUGUCCUCCCCUGACAAGACGAGCCUGCCCCGGGCCUCCUGCGGUGGUGGGAGCAGUGGCUACCGGCCAGGCCAUGGCCUUCAGAGAGCGUCCGUGAGCUCGGACACCAGCGCCCUCUCCUACGACUCGGUCAAGUACACGCUGGUGGUGGAUGAGAACGUGCAGCUGGAGCUGGUCAGCCUCAAGCAGUGCUACUCGGGCUACAGCGAUGAGAGUGACUCGGCUACUGUCUACGACAACUGCGUCUCCUCACCCUACGAGUCAGCCAUCGGCGAGGAGUACGAGGAGGAUGCGCUGAAGCGCGACUCGGUCUGCCUCUCUGAGGACUCCACCCCUGAGGCGGACAUCCACUUCUCCAAGAAGUUCCUCAAUGUCUUCAUGAGUGGCCGGGCGCGCUCCUCCAGUGCCGAGUCCUUUGGGUUGUUCUCUUGCAUGAUCAAUGGUGAGGAGCAGGAACAGACCCACCGCGCUGUCUUCAGGUUUGUGCCUCGCCAUGCGGACGAGCUGGAGCUGGAGGUGGACGACCCUUUGCUGGUGGAGGUGCAGGCAGAAGAUUAUUGGUACGAGGCCUACAACAUGCGAACAGGGGACCGGGGCAUUUUUCCUGCCUACUAUGCUAUUGAAGUCACCAAGGACCCAGACCAUAUAACAGCUCUGGCCAAGAGCAACGACUGGGUGGACCAGUUUCGGGUGAAGUUCCUCGGCUCGGUGCAGGUUCCCUAUCACAAGGGCAAUGAUGUACUGUGCGCGGCCAUGCAGAAGAUUGCCACCACACGCCGCCUCACUGUGCACUUUAACCCACCCUCCAGCUGUGUUUUGGAGAUCAGCGUGCGUGGGGUCAAGAUAGCUGUGAAAGCCGAUGACUCCAAGGAGCACAGCAAGGUAAACAAGUGUAGCCAUUUUUUCCAGCUGAAGAACAUUUCCUUUUGUGGAUACCAUCCAAAGAACAACAAAUAUUUUGGGUUCAUCACCAAGCACCCUGCUGACCACAGAUUUGCCUGCCACGUCUUUGUGUCAGAGGAGUCCACAAAGCCACUGGCGGAGUCUGUAGGGAGGGCUUUUCAGCAAUUCUACAAGGAGUAUGUGGAGUACACGUGCCCCACGGAAGACAUCUACCUGGAGUAGGGGCUGGCACGGGCACCUGCUGCACAGCCAGGGCUGCAGUCUCGCCCCUUCCACGUCGUGCAUGGACAAGAGCUGCUUUGAGAUUGGAGGAGAAGCAGGCCCAGGGAACAGCUCCCAGGGCCCCGUGCUGCCUCUUUUCAUGGCUCCCCUUCCUCAGGCUGGGGGGUUGGGAGGGGGGAGGGCUGGACAAAUCGUGUUUAUUGUACAAAAUAUUUAGUUUAUUCUAUUUGAGAAGUGCCCACUGGCUGCCCAGCCUGUGAGUGCUGGAGGGGUUGGCAUUCUCCAGCCCUUCCCCGCUGCAGGCUGGGGUGAAAAAGUCUCCUUGCUGUGACCAUGGCUCAGCUUCCCGUCACAUCCCUCAGGGGUGACUUCUAAUGCAGUGGCAGAGUCAGACUCUUGCAGGAUGAAGACACAGAAGCUACAGCCAACAAGAACUAUAUGAUGGCUCCUGCCAGGGCAGAGACCAUCGCUUCCCUGCCUGGCCCUGAGGCUGAGGCUGCUGGGCAGAAAGGACAGAGCCCAGCAUCUCCUCUUUGAGUGCCAGAGAAAGGAUGAACGAGCUGAGACAGCUCACCCCUGCCUCUGUCCCCAUCCCUCCUCUCGUAUCUGUGCCCUGGGGAGAGAAAGAUUCCCUCCUACCUCUCUGCAGUGACCACACCAUGGGGAGGGGAGCGUUUUUCUGUCCUUGUCCCCCUCUAUCCCCUCCAGCUGCAGGUGGCAGAGGCAGGACAGGGCUGAGCCGCCCCACUGCGGUGGUUCUCAGCCCUGUGUAGACUGGGGUGCCUGCCAGAAACGGAGCAGGGAAGGGCUAAAGCCUGCAGGGAGCCAUACACAUCUCCAGGGAGGUACAAAAGCUUUCCUGGUCCCUGCAGCCAGCGGUCGCCGUGCUUCAGCUGGAUCUGCUGUGAUGGCAACAACUAUUAAAUAUGAUGGUUCAUGGA